AUGCCAAUGAAUUCGAGAGUGGUGUGUAAGGUGCGUGUUGAAUGGGCUGCAGCGCCGGCCGGGCCCGCGAAGCCCCGCAGGGCCGCGCGCUUUGUUGGCCGUAAAGCGAUUGUGGCGCGCUCUCUCCGCGGAGAUAAGCCUCUCAGCGCCCUCGACCGACGCAGCGCCCCUCCGCUCCGCGCCACUCCGCUCCGCUCCGCUCCGCUCCGCUCCACUCCUCUCGGCGCACAACGCGCCGCCGCUCCUCCUCGCUGCGAGGGCGGCGCCUCCAGCGCCCUCCUGGCUACAUUCACACCCAGGGCCUUUGAACUCUCCAUCGAAACCGGGAGAACACUCGACGGUGCUACUCUAGGAAGCGCGGCGCAUCGUGAGGCGUUCGGGUUUCGCGGCUGCGAGGCGCUGACUCACGACAACUGGAGACGGAGGGCGCGCGGAACGGGGUCGCUUCGUCGCAGUCGCAACACUUCAGUCGACGGGCGCCAGGGCUUCGAACAGACGCCGUUGAGAGGGGGUAGCGGCAGCGGCGUGGAGCGCACGAAAGUCUUGAGUAAUGCGGCGUCACGAAAUGCAGCAUCGAAUGGGUGCUGCGAUGUAUGCAAAUUGGAUGGAUUGUGGUGUUGUGUGAUCUAUCAAGCCAAAUACUAUUCGGGGUCUCCGAAAAUUAGAGGCAUGAAAACUGUUGAAUUUUUAACUAUUUAA